CAGCUGUAGAGAGCAAGCUUAUGUUGCAGAUAGCAGAAUUAACCUUUGCACAACGAAAACACGAAGAACAAGCUGAGGAAGCAAAGGACUAAAUGAAAAAGAAGACAUGAAUAAUAAUAAGACACAGGGCCAUCAUGGCAGCGGUCAACAACAACAACAAGCCGUCAACUCCUUUGAUGCCUUGGGAAAGCCAGAGAGGGAGGUGGUGAUUGGAAAUCAGCAUCUAAUCCCAUUUCCUGAUAGAACUGCUCUUGAUGUCUCCUCACCCCUGACCCUCAGAUAUGUUAUCUGUGGCAUUCCAAUACCAACAUUAUCUGCACCAGCAAUUUCUCAAGACAGCAGACCUGGGGCCUAUUCUGUGGCUGGGAUUGGACCAAUGCUCCCGCACCCCACAAAUAGGCCAUUGGCUGGAAGGAUUCCUGAUGUGGAAGAGUCGGGACUGGAAUUGGUGCCUACAUCUCAACAAGACAGAGAUCGUGAUGAUGGCCUUAUUCAUGCUGACCCAAUUGAUGACUCAGAAAACGGGAAGAUUCCAACAGCAGAGCCGAUAACAACAAGGGCAAGAAGAUUAUGGAAGAAGAAACUGUUCUUGUUCCUCUCGCUUGAAACAAUGGUCGCCCAAGUGAUUGUUUUAAUAGUUCUUGUGGCAUUUCUUCUUUCUCGAAAAUCAAGCAAUCAAACUCAGCCAUCAAAACAGCAAAAUGGAGUGAUUCCAAUACAAGAACAUCCAGCGACAAUGCCUUCAAUCACACAAGCACCAAUAUCACUAUGGGAAAGACUAAGUCUACCUGAAUACACCAUCAGGGCUAUGGAAAAUCCUAGGUCUCCACAGACCAAGGCAUAUCAAUGGCUCAGCAACAAUAUCAACAAAUCCAACAAUACACAACAUCUCCCAGUAUGGAGACUAAAGCAAAGGUUUGCACUGGCCACAUUUUAUUAUUCCACACGGGGGGACCAUUGGGUAAAAAAUCAAGGCUGGCUGGAUUGGGACACCAAUGAGUGCAACUGGGCACAAAUUCAUCCGGUCCCAAAAACUCGUUGUGGUGAGAAUGGGCAACUCCUUUCAUUCAAGUUUGGGUCUGCCAACAACUUGGACGGAACAAUACCACCAGAAAUAUCCCUGCUUAGUGAAAGCAUGGAAAAACUUUCAUUAUCUCGGAACUUCCAGCUCAAAGGAAACAUACCAACCGAGGUUGGGCUUUUGACAAGGCUGACAAUCUUGACGUUUAGCAUAACACAUUUGUCUGGCACACUACCAACAGAACUGGGUCAGCUACUAAGCUUGGACGAACUAAUGAUCUCAGGUAGCGAAUUUGUUGGGACUUUACCUACUGAGCUGGGCAACCUAAGCAACCUGACAGCUCUGGGAAUUCAGUGGGCGGACUUUUCUGGGUCAAUCCCCUCUGAGAUUCUUGGAUUGUCUAACCUGCAGACCAUGUUUUUCUUCGAAUGCCCUUUGUUGGAUACAGCAUCUUUCCUCCCUCAGGUAGUUGGAAACCUGCACAAUUUGGAGCUGCUAGGUCUAUCUGGUCGGAAAACUGGGGAGUUCACAUCAAUCCCAUCUGAAAUUGGCAAGCUGACCAACCUGGCAACCCUGAUUUUGAAAGACUUCCAACUUAAUGGCCCCCUGCCAAGUGAGCUUGCAAUGUUGACAAAUUUAAAUUACUUGGACUUGCAAAGGAACUCCAUCACUGGCACUCUACCACAAGAGUUAUCCAAGAUGUCCCAGCUGGGAAUACUGCUCAUGAGUUCCAACCAAUUAGAAGGCAGACCGUUAGAACAAGAUGUGCUUCCCCAACUCACCCAGCUACAGUGGUUGCAUAUUGAUCAUAACCUUUUCUCAGGCUCUAUUGCAACAGAGAUUGGUUUGAUGUCUAGUCUUGAGAAGCUUGAACUGCAAAAUACAAACCUAUCUGGGACCCUUCCCACGGAACUACAUUUGUUGGAGAACUUGACCAGCUUGGUUUUGAUGAACGCAUCCUUAUCUGGGAGCACCCCUGAUGGAUUAUGUGGUGUCAUACUUUCCCCACAUGAAAUGAAAUUUUUUGGUGGGAAGAGCUAUGCUGUUCCAACGACGAACCUGUCAGCCUGCUAUGGAACUAGUCUAUGCGGCUGUACAUGUGAGAACUGCCCAAAAGCAUGACAUAAUUUGGUUUGACAAUUACUUUCCAGCCAUGAAACAACAAUACUGUAUGUUGUGUUUCUCCCAGGAACCCCUUUCUAGCUUUGGGCUAGCCCACAACUGGAUUUCCAACCAUAUUUGGCCCCAUCACUGCAUGCAAGGCAUAUAAUGGUUUGAGGUGGGUGGGCGCAAUUUAAGUCGACAGGCAUGAUGAUUGAUCUGACACUACCUAUGACAGCUAGCUAGCAAGUAGAGUAGCCAGCCAAUCUUUGAGGGCGCUAUUUUAAAAUACCGGUAUGCACAGUGGGCCACGCACUACGCUCAAUGCAUGCCCAUUGGGAUUACAAGACGCGGGUGCUCUGUCU